UCCCCAGCCCCAGUUCUAGCUCUGCCGGGAAAUGGGAGACUUCACCAUGGUCUUGGAAAUGGAUUCUAGACAUUAGGAUCAAGCCCGGAAAGGCCCUGGAAUAAAACACAUCCUUGGCUCCCAGAAGGACUCUGAGCUACUGUAACUGCCUUUCUCUUCAGCCCUGUCCCUCCCCCCAGUCUUCCCUUCCCCACAUCCCCCUGUACCCCCUUCCCCCACACUCUCUUCUCUCACCCUGUUCACCCCUGCCCACUCCCAUCCCCCACCUUCGCUUCUCCCACGUCCUUGUCUCCUGCUCUCUCCUUCUCCUCCUCUCUUCUUUCCCCCGCCUUGUCUCUCCCCUCCCUCCUCAUCGGGGCUCCCCCUUUCCACCCUCCUUUCUUCUCUCACCUCCCCGCUACCCUGCCCCGCCUGCCCGCCAGCCUGCCCGAGGUGUUUGCUUUCCUCCCGGAUCCGGAUGAAAGGCUCGUCCUGCCCCUGCCCUGCCCUGCCCCACUUCGGGCAGCUGGGGUCUCGCUUCAUGGCUGAGGGCUCCAGGACACAGGCCCCAGGGGAAGGGCCCCCUGUCAGUAUCCAGCUGCUGCGAGCCCAGUAUGAAGGCCUGAGGAGGCAGCAGAGGGCCCAGGCCCACCUCGUGGUGCUCCCGAAAGGAGGGAACAUGCCUGCUCCUACCCACCCCAUGGUCAGUGCUAUUUGGAUUAACAGAGAGGAAAGGCACUCGCAGUCCCAGGAGGAGGCAGCUUCUGAGGCAGAGGAGCUGGUAGAGGAGGAUGACCGACACCAUCUGGAGGCACUCAAGUCUCCAUGGCACACACACCUAGAGAUGCAUCGUUUGGUCCACGCCAUCCCCCAGGGAACCAAUCAUCAGGAGAAGCACAGGGGCAAGCUCGUGGAGUCUGACCAAAGGCUCCCUCUGGAAGGACAGGAGCACCUGUCUGAAAACAAUUGGAUAACUCAGCAUGGAACCCCAAUCUUAGAGGCAGCCCAGCUUCAGUGCCAAGCGGGAAACACCCAAACAAAGGCAGUGGAGUCUGGCUUAAAAUUCAGCAUUCCGCAUCCUCCCUCCAUAAAGCACCCACACAGGUCUGGCAAACCAGCUCACUAUCCAUUUCCUCAGAGGAAAACUCCCAGGAUCUCCCAAGCUGCCCGGAACCUGGGCUUAUAUGGCCCAGCCUGAAGCUCACUACCUAGCCGGAUGUCUCAGCCUUGGGGCCAUCCGUGUCCUCAGCAAAGAACGGAGCAGGCAGAGACAUAACUUGAGCCUCUAGCUAUGAGCAAGAACUGGACUAACCCAAAGCAGGAACUGUGGGUGAUGAACUUCAGAGUGGUAAUAUGGUCUUGCCCUUCAAAAAAGUUUUUGCCCACGCUAGAUUGCUCAUGGCUGAAGAUGCCCUGGUCAGGGCAGCCCCACUCUGAUGAUAUUGCAAUAAAGCCUGGAUGCCCACCCCUUGGGGAGGUCCAACAGGACUUCUGAUCUGCCCCUGCAAAUGGAGAAUCUUGAAACAUCGAGACUAGCAGAUGGGACACAUUGGCAAUAUCUGUGGACUAUUGGGUGUGGGUGAGCUUGUUUUUAUUAUCUUCUGAUAAGGUCUCACAUAGUCUGGAGAAGAUGAACUCUGGGAAUUCCAAAUGUGUUUCUCAUCGCUGUGCCUGGGAACCAUCUCACUUAGAAGCCCCUGCAUUUAUUAGUAGUGACCACACGAGUUCAGCUUGAGCUUCCCAAAGUAUGGUCACCCUGAGAAAAAGGGUCAGAUCAAUGCCACCUACCCCUUAGGGUGGCUUUAGGAAGGACUGAUCAUCUUUCACCUCUCACUGAGACUGUAUUUUCCAGCCUUAUCACAGAUCCCCCCUGUCCACCUUUCUUCCCCACCCCCUCUCGUCAGGGCAGCCCCACUCUGAUAAUCAGUGAAGACAUUGGCAAACCAUCUUGCUCUCUCUCUCUCCAGAUUAACUUCUUAUGCUUUGGGAGCAAUGAAUAAAAUAAGACAGAAAUCCUGACAAUCAUUGAAGAUCUAUAGUUAUGGGAGCCUGAGCCAAAAGGGACAAAUAUUCCUAUUGGGAUGUAAGUGUUGCCCACCAACUGGCCCCAUGUCAGCAUAUCUUGGAAUCAAAUAUACAUUUCUAAACCUAACAAAAAGUGAAGCAGUUACUUGGGUGAUGGGGAAGAAAGCUUGUCUCUCAGGUUAAUGUUUAAUUUUAGUACUGAUAUUUGAAUACACCUAAGGUGCUUUCCCAUAUAUCAGAUUCCCUCUCUAUGAAGUUUUACUCACAUCUUCCUUUUUCCCUCAAGAUGAUCUAGUCUCGCCCAUUCACAUCCAGAGUCGUUAAGUAUGAGUGUCAUUACCUCCAAAUUAUAUAGGUGCCUGCUCCUUGGACUACCUAGAAAUUUACUCCAGUGUGAGAAUUUUAUUGUGAUUCUUCUUAUAUGUAAUUAAUAAGAUUCAGUUCUUGUUUUUUAAUACUCUAAUGAAAAUCAAGAAUUUUUUUCAAAAAUCUUUGUCCUUGACAUUUGUUUAAAGAUGUUUCCCAGAAGUAACCUCUCUUUCCAUCAUCUCUUUAAUCUUUCUCUGUCCUGCUUAUAUAAUGAUGGAGAAUACACCAGGUGUGGAGUUAGCAAACCUGAGUUUUAAUUCAGCCAUUCUCGGCAUGAGAUUUGGCCAAUUUACUUAAUCUCAUCUUUGGUUUCAUCAUCUGUAAAAUAGAAGAGGUUAAUGCUCAUUUUUGAAAGGAUUAGAAGUAAUAUGUGUAAAAGUCCCUGGCACUCUCAGUAAGAGUUAGCAGUUAUUGGGGAUUUUUUAUUGUUAAAUCAUAGCUGUGUACAUUAGUGCAAUCAAGGGGUACAAUGUGCUGGUUUCAUAUAUAAUCUGAAAUAUUCUCAUCAAACUAUUCAAAGUAGCCUUCAUGGCAUUUUCUUAGUUAUUGUAUGUAGACAUAUUCUACCCUUAGUAAGUUUCACCUGUACCCAUUCUAAGAUGCACGGUAGGUGUGGCCCCACCCAUUGCCCUCCCUCCAUCCUAACCACCCCCCUCCCUUCCCCUUCCUUGGCCUUUUCUUCAUAGUCUUGUGCUAUAGUUGGGUUAUAGUCUUCAUGUGAAAGCUAUAAUUUAGCUUCAUAGUAGAGCUGAGUACAUUGGAUACUUUUUCUUCCAUUCCUGAGAUAUUUUGCUUAGAAGAAUAUGUUCCAACUCCAUCCAUGUAAACACGAAAGAGGUAAAGUCUCCAUAUUUCUUUAAAGCUGCGUAAUAUUCCAUGGUAUACACGUACCACAAUUUGCUAGUCCAUUCGUGGGUCGAUGGGCACUUGGGCUUCUUCCAUGACUUAGCAAUUAUGAA